AUGGUGAAAAUAUCCGUCCUACAACAUGAUCUUUCAUCUCAUACAGCCACUCGACCUGGAGAUCCUACUCCAGUUUCGAGAAAUUUAAAUCCACUCGUGCAUCCUUUCUCCCGCGCCCGUGAACGUACAAGAGCCUUGAAUGCUGCAAAAAUGGACAGGAUGUUUGCCAAACCCUUUGUGGGCGCUCUGGAAGGACAUGUCGAUGCUGUAGAGGUCCUCGCAAAGCAAGGAGAUUCAAUAUCAACGGUAGCGAGUGGCAGUUGGGACGGAGGCGUUAUAGUACACAAUCUCUCCCAAAGGAUCCAAAUGGCACGGUUACCGCAGGGACAUAAAGGGAAAGUAACGGGCCUGAGCUUCGCCGGAGACUCUCGCCUGCUCAGCUGCGGUGUUGACUGCAAUGUCAAAUUGUGGAAGAUUGGAUCAGACGAACCUGUGAAUGUUUUUCCUGGCAAAUAUGCUUUCAAUUCAAUAGAUCAUCAAAGAUUCUCGUCCAUAUUUGCUACGGCUUCGACUCUUGUACAAAUAUGGGACGAAACCAAGAGUGCUCCCAUUUCAAAUCUAACUUUUCCAACGUCUACCGAAACCAUCUCCUCAGUACGCUUCAAUCUCAGCGAAUCAUCAAUCCUUGCCUCUGUCGGCUCUGACCGCACAUUUACCCUGUACGAUAUCCGUACAGGGAAAGCAGAACGUCGAGUAGUCAUGCAGAUGCGCGCCAAUGCUCUUUCGUGGUCACCAACGUUCCCUACCAAUAUCCUCUUAGCUUCUGAAGACCACAACCUCUACACCUUCGAUAUUCGACGACUCGAUGCGCCCAGUCUGAUUUAUAAAGGGCAUGUGGCCGCAGUGAUGAGUUGCGACUGGUCUCCGACAGGGACUGAGUUUGUCUCUGGAGGAUGGGAUCGUACGGUGCGAAUAUGGCAAACAGGUCAAGGGCAUUCACCGGAGGUGUAUCAUACGAAGCGAAUGCAGAGAGUGACCUCCACUCUUUUCACCACUGACGCGCGCUUCGUUCUAUCAGGUUCUGACGAUGGGAACGUUCGUAUAUGGAAAGGAAAAGCUUCGGAACGGCUUGGAAUUGUCACCGCUAGAGAAAGAGCAGCGGUCGAGUACCGAAGUAGCCUCGUGGACCGAUGGAAGAUGGACAAAGAAGUUGGAAAGGUUGUGCGAACGAGGCAUCUACCAAAACCUGUGUAUACGGCCAACAAACUCAAGAAUACUAUGCUUGAAUCGAAAAGGGUCAAGGAGGAACGCAGGAGGAAACACACGCGUGCGGGGGAAAGCAAGCCCAAGCCAGAACGCAAAAAAGUGGUCCUGGUGGAACAGACUUGA